GCGAAGCUCUUCCCGCCGGUUCCCCCUCUUUCCUUUCUAUACUCAUUCUGAAGCGACGGCAAACAACUCCCGAAUCCCGAACUUUCCCGUUGCCCUCUGUCGCCCAGCCAUGGAGAUGAACGAUGGUGAAGAAGAGGAGGAGUUCGAAUUCUCUCGGAAUUACUUUUUGGCGAAAGAGUUGGGCGGCUCCAGUAAGAAAUCCGGCCGCAAGAUCUCCGAUAUUGAUCCCGUCGACGAGCAGGAGCUAAGAACGGCCGCCAACAACCUUGAGCCGAAACAUGAGAGAGAGGUUGCUUCACUUAUGGAGAGCUACAAGGCGUCGUAUCCUGAGUGGGUUUUCAUGCUCAGGACCGGUUUUGGACUUCUUAUGUAUGGGUUUGGUUCCAAGAAGGCCUUGAUUGAAGAUUUUGCCUCUACCUCAUUAACCGAGUAUUCUGUGGUUGUAAUCAAUGGGUAUGUUCAGUCUAUCAAUCUGAAGCAGGUUAUGGUUGCCAUAGCUGAAGUAUGGUGGGAUCAACUCAAGGCUAAGAGAAGAAACUCUCCUUCUCAAGCUCAACAACCAUUUAACUCUCGAUCUAUUGACGAUCUUCUUGCAUUUAUGGAUGGGCAAGAGGCGGAUGAUGAUAAGUCCUUUGUCUGCAUCAUUGUGAACAAUAUUGAUGGGCCUGGCUUAAGAGAACCCGAAAGUCAGCACCUUCUUGCUCGAAUCGCUUCUUGUACACAUAUCCGUAUCAUUGCCUCUAUUGACCAUGUCAAUGCUCCACUGUUGUGGGAUAAGAAGAUGGUUCACACCCAGUUCAACUGGUACUGGUAUCAUGUCCCUACCUUUGCACCUUACAUGUUUGAAGGAGUGUUCUUCCCUUUGAUACUCGCGCAUAGCAGCACAGCGCAGAGUGCGAAAACAGCUGCAAUAGUUUUGCAGAGUUUGACUCCCAAUGCCCAGAGUGUGUUCAGAGUACUUGCGGAGUAUCAGCUUUCUCAUCCUGACGUAGAAGGCAUGCCGAUUGAAAGCUUGUAUGCAGCCUCGCGAGAGCGGUUCCUCGUGUCAAGCCAGGUUACACUGAACUCUCAUUUGACGGAGUUCAAAGAUCACGAGUUGGUCAAGACUAGAAGGAAUGCUGAUGGUCAAGACUGCGUCUAUAUUCCUCUUGCUAAUGAUGGGUUGCAGAAGCUGCUGCCGGAGAUCAAUCCUUAGCGUUGUUUGUCCUUCUGUAACAGCCAGAAGCUGCUGCCGGAGGUCCAAUUUUGCACUAUAUAACUGCAACAACCUCAUGGACGCUGCAAUUUUUGUUUUUGUUUUUUAAGACAUGAGUAAGGAGAUUUCAGUUCCAGUUGAAGAAGAUUUCCCCGCUUAAAAGUUUAAAUGAGUCUAUUUAAACUUUAUUUUUUUAUAAAUGAUUUAAGGUCGAAGAUGUAGUGGAAAUUUCAAUGAGUUGUCAUCAUGGUUUGAGAUUGAUGGAAGUCCAGUAAAUGUGGAAGAGAGUCUGAUACGCCACCGUAGAAAGAAGGUUUGUAAGAACCUUUUGGAAGCUAAUUCAGGUCCCAUGUUAUAGUCUCUUGCAAUGAAUUUUGUGUCUACGAUAAGACAUCAAUGAUAAUCUAUUGUGAGAUAUAAGGUGAAGAUAUUACAUAGUAUAAGGAAACCAUUAAGCUCAACUAUGUUUAGGAAGGAGGGAAAAAAAUGUUUAUCUAACGAAAGGUGAAAAUGAAGUUAGAGAUACGAAAAAAAAAUGUCUAUCUAACUAUGUUCAGCAAUCCACGUUCUUCAUUGUUUUUAAGGCCGAUUCUCCACAACAUAAUAAAUUUCUUGAGUUAUUUCCUACAAUCCUCCCCACUAGAAACCUCUCCAACCUCUGUCGGGCUUCCGCUAAAAAAUAGACGAAGAGGCUUUUAGGUUACCCACUCGCUUUUCCUUUUGUGAUUUAUUGUUUUGUAAUCGAAUUAAUCUGAUUUCAUUCAAUUUUUUUAUAGAUGAGUGUUUAUAUAUACGAUCCUCGAUUGUAUAUCAAUCCCGUGUCAAGGGAUGCACAAUAUUUAACCGAGCAUUUAACACAUUGUUCCCGUGCCAUUUAGCACAAUAAUCCGGUAGGCACGCCAUACCGUCUAAAACUUUAAUUUUCAGUAUUUUGUUUUCCUUUUACUAAUAGUUUGCUAAUUUUGCAAUUUUUUUCGUAGGAAUCACUCAUUCUCAUCACCCAUAGAGGGACUUCAUGCUUGCCUGAAUGACAUGACCGACUAAAGUCGUAUCUAGAGAGGACGGGUUUGGAAAUGAUGAGACACUUCAUGCGGAUUGAGAUCGACAACAAUCUCUUGACGACAAUGUCAGAAAGGUGGGGCCGAAUUACACACCUUCCCCUUUCAUGAGUGGGAAAUGACGAUCACUCUCAGAGACAUUGUCAUCCUCACCGAGAUGUUGAUCACUGGAGAGGGCAUUAUCGGCACCUCGAGAGUUCCCGAGAAGGCUUGGGCCCUAGAUUAGGGAACGUUUGGACUUUGACAUGCCGACGACGGCGACAAUCCAAGGACGGGGGCAUCCACCGGUGAAUGCAGGACAAAUAUUAAUCAUAUGGCUUGUUGAUCACAUCCAAGAGGAGGUUGAGAUUGAUGCAUACACCUCCGAAAAAUAAGUGGAGCAGUAUGCACGUGUCUACCUCAUUGUCGUGGUUGGUGGAUUCAUGUUUCCAAACAAGGAGAAUAGGUGGGUACAUGGCAUGUGGUUACCGUUGCUGCUCGGUGACCGAGACGAGAUCCGGAGAAAGAGCUGGAAGUCAGCCGUGUUAGCGACGAUCUAUCGAGAGCUGUGUAUAUGCUCGAAGAUGGGUGCGAAACAAGCUGGCGAUGCUAUGUUCAUCCUCCAGCUCUAGGCAUGGGAGCAUCUUUCGAUGUUCGUACCUCGAGACCUACGAAAAUUCUGGGCGGAAAAUUAGCUGCUACGAGUUGUGGCAAAUGCACCCUAUGGUGCCAAGUAAGUUUAUUUUUUACAUUUAUCAGUUUAGUAUUUUAUAAUUUGUGGACAAUUACCAAUACCAAUAUUGUAAAAUAAAUUAUACACCCAAUU